AUGGAUGUGUCGAAUGACAGCGUGUGGACGAUACAUUGUUUAGAAACAAAUAAAGCGCUCCGCGGACCGCGCUGUCUCCCCACCACACCUGCAGCCUCCAGCGAGCACUCGUGUACUGCAAGAAAUGAACUUUUGGCUUUCGAAGAGCUUAAACAAAUUUGCUCUUGUUUAUCUGUAAUACCACCGGGUCAUCCCGCGCAUGCCGUCGUCGAUUUUCGUUUAAUGUUUGAGAAUCUGGUACGGUCGUUGAGCCGGGUCCGCACCUGGCUGCCCGACUGUCCGUGUAGCAGCGGCUGUUGCCUCGAGGUAUCUCUAUCGAGGUCGCUUGCCGAACGCUCGGAAGAUAAUAUUUCUAGUCCAAAAGUAGGUGUCGCUCGUGCCGGGUCAGGGGGCGGGAGGCAACGGGGCGUCGAGGCGCGGCGCGGUGCGGGGCGGCAGUACGCGAGUAGACGCGCACACGAGUGGUCGCCACAGUGCGCAGGAAGCGGCGCGGCCGCGGAGUGUGAUGCGAGCGCGCCGCCCGCCAUGGCCACGCUCGGCCUCUCCAAGGUGUUCAUCCUCGACAAGUACUUCACUGAGCUGCAGAAGUUCUGGGAGACUGAGAAGAAGCUACAAGACGCGUCAUCCUCCAACGAGGCGGUGCAUUUGCAACGGCGACUGUUGAGCCUAAGUUCGGAGCUGGUAACGCUCCGCAACCACCUGCACGUGGGCGCGAGUGGUGCGGGGGGAGCGGGCGGAGCGAGCGGCGCGGCGGCUGUAGCAGCGGCGGGGGCCGCGGGCGCAGGCGCGGCCACGCAGCCCGCCGUGCCACCCCGCGCGCCGCACCUUCUUCCGCCGCCGCCUGCCACGCAACCCCCAGCGCCGCCGCAGCCACCGCCUGCACCGCAUCAUCCUUUGCCGCCACCUCCAGAGACGCGAUGGCGCAGUGUGCCAGCUGCGCCUACGCCCGGUGCCAACGUGAUCACAGGGGCGCCGAGCGCGAGCAGCGCGGGAGUCGACGUAGAAGACCUCAUCCACCUGCGCGGGCCUCUCACUGAGGACGCCGUUGUACGCGCACUACAGGCGCGCUUCUACCACAAUAAAUUUUAUACGAUGAUAGGACCAAUCCUGGUGGCAGUGAACCCGUACACAGAUGCGUGUAAUGCUUUGACGCUAACGGCGGCGCGUGCACACCGGCCAGAACUGGCGCGACUCGUGCACGACGCUGUUCGCCACCAGGCCGACACCGGCUACCCGCAGGCCAUCAUUCUCUCAGGAGUAUCAGGUUCGGGCAAAACCUACGCAUCCAUGGUACUUCUGCGGCGGUUAUUCGAUGUGGCAGGCGGCGGGCCUGAAACUGAUGCGUUCAAGCACCUUGCUGCUGCUUUCACUGUACUGCGAGCGCUCGGCACCGCCGCGACGCCCGCCAAUACUCAUUCCAGCAGGAUUGGUCAUUUCAUCGAGGUACAAGUAACGGAUGGCGCACUGUACCGCACUAAAAUACACUGCUACUUUCUCGAUCAAACGCGAGUGGUGCGUCCGCCCGCUGGGGAGCGCAAUUAUCACAUCUUCUACCAAAUGCUCGCCGGACUCACGCCCGAGGAGCGCUCCCAACUUCAUCUAGAGGGAUACUCACCGCAGGACUUGAGGUACCUGGCAUCGGCACAUCAUCGUCGACCGGAGCCAGAGGACGCGGCGCGAUUUCACGCUUGGAAAACGUGUCUCGUAAUUCUCGGCAUACCUUUCUUGGAUGUCGUCCGUGUCCUCGCUGCGGUAUUGCUGCUAGGCAACGUACAGUUCACGGAAGGUGGCGACGGUUCAGCCGAGCCCACAAGCGAGGCGGAGCUCGCGGCGGCAGCCGCAUUACUGGGAGUCGCUGCACCGGCUCUUCUCCGAGGACUGGUGUCGCGCGCCGCACCGCGAACAAGAGGCGCCCCUACUCGCGCCCCGGCCACGCCUCCAGCCGCUGCGGCAGCGCGGGACGCGCUCGCGAAGGCGCUGUACUGCCGCACCGUGGCAACUAUAGUUCGUCGCGCCAACUCCUUGAAACGUCUCGGUUCAACGUUGGGUACGCUUUCGUCCGAUUCUAAUGAAUCGGUUCAUAAUCAAGAUGCGGCAUCACGGCGAGCAUCGUCGGCCGGCGGCAGCGGCGGAGGCGGAGCGAGGAGUCGCGCCGGGGCCCGCUCGAUGGCCGUGCUCAACGAUGCGGUGCGACACGCGACCGACGGCUUCGUCGGCAUCUUGGACAUGUUCGGAUUCGAGGACGCGGCGCCGAGCCGGCUAGAGCACCUAUGUGCUAAUUUAUGCGCGGAGACGAUGCAACACUUUUAUAACACUCACGUGUUCAAAUCGUCGGCGGAAUCGUGUCGCGAGGAAGGCGUCUCGUGCGCACUUGAGUUAGACUACGUGGACAACGUGCCGUGCAUCGACCUAGUGUCGUCGCUGCGCGGGGGCCUACUCGCCGCCCUCGAUGCCGAGUGUGCUGCGCGUGGUACUCCCGAGCAAUACGUCACAAGAAUAAAAUCUGCACACAGAGGUCACCCGAGGUUGGCCGAGGCCCGCCCGCCACACCCGCGACGCUUCGCAGUGCGGCACUAUGCGGGCGAGGUGUCGUAUGACGCGGCGGACUUCCUCGAGGCUAACCGCGAUGCCGUACCUGACGACUUGCUGGCCGCUUUCGACAACAGGACUUGCGAAUUUGGUUUUGCAACGCAUCUCUUUGGUGCCGAACUCAAGGCUUUGACGGCACAGGGAGGCCCGACGGGGGGUCAGUUCCGUGCUUCGCCGACGGUGACGGCGGCGCUGGACGCGGCGGCUUCGUCGACGUUGACGCAAGACUUUCACACGCGGCUGGACAACCUGCUGCGUACGCUCGUGCACGCGCGGCCCCACUUCGUGCGAUGUUUGCGCGCCAACGCCACUGAGACACCCAUGCUCUUUGAACGAGCUACCGUUUCCCGACAAGUGCGCGCACUGCAAAUUCUGGAGACGACGCAGUUAAUGGCGAGCGGGUACCCACACCGCAUGCGAUUCCGCGCGUUCAGCGGGCGCUACCGCGCGCUGUGGCGGCGCGGCGCCGAGCGCGAGUCGGGCGCCGCCUGCGCCGCCGUGCUGCGCGCCGUGCAGGCUGCCGCCGCGCCCCCCGCCCCCGCCUCGCCCGCCGCCGUGCGCUGGGCGCUCGGCAAGCGACACGUGUUCCUCAGCGAGGGCAUGCGACAGGUAUUGGAGCGCAUGCGACGAGCUCGACGCCAAGCCGCGGCGGAGUGCAUCCAGGCAGCGUGGCGCCGCCACCGACUGCGAGCGGCGCGUGCGCCCGCCGCCGCUCCCUUGGCCCCCGCGCGCCCGCGCCCCGCGCCCAUCGCCGGCACGCCACCACCCGACCCCGCCGACAAGUGCGACCCCGCCCUCGUUAAGCGAACCUGCUCGCUCUUCGGCCUAGACCUCGAACGACCACCGCCGUUGCCACCGUCGCGCGCGUACACAGUGGCGGGCGGCGUGAAGCUGGGCUACCCGCAGCAGCGCAUGGUGGGCGCCGAGUGGACGGACGAGUCGGGCGCCGUGCGCCUGCGCGCCGGGGACGCCGUGCUGGUGGUGGGCGCGGCGCGGCGCGGCCACGUGGCCGUGCAGGCGGCGGGCCGCACCGUGUGCGUGCCGCACAACGUGCUGGCGCCGGCGCGAGCCCGUCCUCAACCGCCCCCUCCACCCGCGCCGCCCUCCGCCGUGGCCUGA